AUGUGUGGUGUUUUAGGAAUUUGUCUAGCGGAUCAAACGGCUACAGUGGCACCAGAGUUAUUCGAUGGGUGUAUGUAUUUGCAGCAUAGAGGUCAAGAUGCAGCUGGUAUCUCUACUUGUGGUCAACGUGGUCGUUUGUACCAGUGCAAGGGUAACGGUAUGGCCCGCGAUGUUUUCACUCAACAAAGAAUGGCUGGUCUAGUCGGAUCUAUGGGUAUUGCGCACUUGCGUUAUCCUACUGCCGGUUCGAGUGCUAAUUCUGAGGCACAGCCGUUCUAUGUUAACAGUCCAUACGGUAUCUGUAUGGGCCAUAACGGUAAUUUGGUGAACACGCAGGCUUUGAGACGUUACAUGGAUGAAGAUGUUCACAGACACAUUAAUACGGAUAGUGAUUCCGAGCUAUUGUUGAACAUUUUUGCAGCUGAGCUAGAGAAAUACAACAAGUACAGAGUCAACAACGAUGAUAUUUUCCAUGCGUUGGAAGGUGUGUAUCGUUUGUGCCGUGGUGGAUAUGCAUGUGUUGGUAUGAUUGCUGGUUUUGCCAUGGUUGGUUUCAGAGAUCCAAACGGUAUCAGACCUUUGUUGUUUGGUACUAGAACCAACGCUGAUGGUACCAAGGACUACAUGCUAGCCUCUGAAAGUGUGGUCCUAAAGGCCCACAACUUUAACGAAUUCCGUGACUUGAACCCAGGUGAGGCCGUUAUUGUUCCUAAAGAUGCCUCCGAAGGCGAGCCAGAGUUCAGACAGGUGGUCCCAGUUAAUAGCUACAGACCGGAUCUCUUCGAAUAUGUCUACUUUGCUCGUCCUGACAGUGUCCUGGACGGUAUAUCCGUGUACCACACAAGAUUGGCCAUGGGUGUCAAGCUUGCUGAAAAUGUAUCCAGAUGUAUCAACCCAGAUGACAUAGAUGUGGUUGUAUCAGUGCCAGACACUGCUCGUACCUGUGCUCUAGAAUGUGCCAAUACACUAAAUAAGCCAUACCGUGAAGGUUUCGUGAAAAACAGAUACGUUGGUAGAACGUUUAUCAUGCCUAACCAAAAGGAACGUGUUUCCAGUGUGAGACGUAAGUUGAAUCCUAUGGAAUCCGAGUUCAAGGGAAAACGUGUCUUGAUCGUCGACGAUUCUAUCGUUAGAGGUACCACCUCUAAAGAAAUCAUCAACAUGGCCAGAGAAUCAGGUGCUGUGAAGGUAUAUUUCGCUUCUGCAGCUCCAGCUAUUCGCUUCAACCACAUCUAUGGUAUCGAUUUGGCUGAUACCAAGCAGUUGGUCGCUUACAACAAAUCAGAAGAGGAAAUAGAACAAGAGCUUGGAUGUGAUAAAGUCAUCUAUCAGUCUUUGGACGAUUUGAUUAGCUGUUGUAAGACUUCACACAUUGAGAAGUUCGAAGUCGGUGUCUUUACAGGUAACUAUGUUACUGGUGUCGAGGACGGAUAUCUGUUAGAACUGGAAAAAGCGCGUGCUUCAAAUAUACUGAAAGCUAAUGCCAAAGCAGAAUCAGACAUUGGUAUAUAUAACAGUGCCGACUACUGA